AUGGCUGAUUUUGCCCAGACCAAACCAAUAUCGCAACCUUCUAAGCAAAAACAAUCUCCCGAGGAGUCUAGACCACAGACUGGUACCACCAAAUCCUCAAAGGAUUCUUCUUUGACUCUUGAUACAAAAGGACCAGAUCCCACUCCUCCUUCUGCUUCCCUUUCAUCUGAUUCAUCAUCAGCUUCUCUCACAUCCUCAUCAACACAAAACAAACCUUCCACCUCCCGGCCACCCACCACGUUGUCCCAACGAGAAAAGUCGGCACCAGCUGGAGAGUCGUCCAAAGAUUCAGGCAGCUCGAAAAAGGAUCCUGCGCCAGCAACAACAACAAAACCCGCCCCGCCGUCUUCAUCACCCGUCGAUAAAGACCCUGGUCCGGCACCUCUCAGGAGAGCUUUAUCGUUCAAGAUCCCUCUCAAAGUCAACACCGAAACAGCCAACGGCUCUUCCUCCAACUCUUCCACACCCAACCGGUCCCGUGCCUCCUCCGCCGUCUCCGACUCCAACAAUAACAAUCCGGAAAAGUCCACCACCUCGCCGCUCCACCAGCGCACCCGCUCCAAAAACGUCUCCCUCUCCUCCAUCGGUGAAGUAACCAGCCCGGUUCCUCACCAGCUCCCCCUUCCCGCCUCGCCGUCUUCGCCUCCGCCUCCAUACAGCCCCGUGGUCACAGUCAAAGACCCGGAACCCGUAACCGCACCAUCACCGACUUCGAGUCGCUCCCCGACCGAGCAGUUCCUUUUCGACCGAGGCCUCCUCCCCGAAGAGCCCUCUCAGCAGAUCCCAUCCCCCCUCGCACUCCAGUCCGUUCUGCAGUCGCAGCUCACCAGCUACCUAGCCACAAUGUCUGCUCAGCCGGCCAAGAACCCCAGCGUCGAGCAGGUCUCGCCCCAGCAGCAGUACCAGCAGCCCCCUCAGAACAUGCGCAUGGCCCCCAUGUCCGGCCUGCCAGUUGCCGCACCACUCCCCGGUCUUUCUGGUCAGGCCAACAGCGUCGUUGGCAACCUGCUCAAGGGUCCCGUCGGUCCCAACGGUCAGCUCAAAGAUGCAGCCCUCAUGGUUGGCAUCAAGUUGGAUCUAGAAGCCGAAGUUCAUCUAACCGCCCGAGUACGUGGUGACAUUAUUGUUGGGUUAUAUUGAUGAUUUCCAGCUCAUGAUCGUGGGGAUUCAUGACUUUUCUGUUGGAGACUAAACUCAGAAAUGGGUCAAGUCCCUCAAACACCGAACCAACAACAGGAAUCUGCAUCAACCAGAUUUCUCACUGUGUUUUUGGCUUGUGUUUCUUUUUAUUUCUCUUCUUUUCCACGACAGGGAAGCACGGAUGACAUCUCUCAUCCAAAAAACUGGCGUUCAAAGAUAAUGUUAACAUGGGAUGGCAAGAGGAGGGGGCAUAGUUUGGACGGAGCUUCUGUGAUCCAGGCGAUUCAUUGGCUUCCUUUCCCAAGACUAGGCUAUUUUCCUUGCAAAUCUGUGACGGCCGCA